AUAAAUGACAAAACAGGUGAUAAAAAGAAAAGUGUCGUGGUCACACUCGCAGUUGUGUGCGGCGACUUGACCCUUCCAACACCGAUUAUCUACUCUGAUUGCUUUCAAUUAUUUGCUUCGCUUCAAGAUACAGAGGUUUGUCAGAAACAAGUGUUACAUCAACUAGUUUGUCCAUUGCUGCUUAUUAAAAUAUAUGAUGGAAGUAAGUGUUAAUAUUUCGGACGCAGACCAAACGCAAACCAAAAAGGAAAGUAUUUUGGUGAAGAUAAAAGUACUGUUUUUUGCACGAGCGCGUGAUCUUACUGGCUUGAGUGAGGUGCCAUUGGAGGUGUCAUCAGGAAGUACUACUCAUGAUUGUUUGAAAAAGCUUCUUGUUCAAUUUCCAAAUUUGGAAGAAAUACAAGGGUGCAUGGUUCUGGCUCUGAAUGAGGAGUAUACAACGGAUUCAACCAUUGUUAAAGAUAAGGAUGAGUUAGCCAUAAUACCUCCAAUAAGUGGUGGUUGAAUUAAGCAGCUUAUAAUUUUGUUACUACAGCAGGAUGGAUGAUUCAACUUGUUAGUAAUCUUCUUCCUUCUCUCAGUGAUUCAGAACACCUUGUCUGUUUAGUUAACACCGACUCGAUAAAUGAAUCUUGAAAUAAACUCUUUGUAAACCAAUUGAAUAAAUUAUCUAAGUUGGUGUUUGUGAAAAUGUUGAUACUAGUACAGAAAGCAAGGAGUAUAAUUCCACCUUCAUUCUUAUGUCUUUUUCUUUACUUGUAUAUGCUUUUGUUACCACAAACUAAACUACUAUAAUAUUAUGGAUCCUGGUUUUCUGAAA